AUGAAUUGGACUGAAGGCAAUCUCUCCCGCCAUUCUAGGGGCAGACAGCGCAAUGAGUUACUUACGAGACAGAAACAGCAUUUCGCGAAGGUUCGCAAUAAUCACCUGAAAAGCGGUCACACACACAGCCCGGUAUCUAUAUCCUUCCUUGGAGCCCAGCAUUCGCGAGACUUAGGACGCCGAGAUGGCUCAGGUAGUGUAGCAUAUAAACUACCCUCAAGUCCCCUUUUAAAGGAGAAACGCAAGCGAUUUCGGGGCUCCCCUAGUGAUCAGGGUUAUCAAGUUCCCUCCCGCGAGAAAAGAAAAAGCCUACUAGACAAGGAAGAUUGGGUCGGAUUAAGCCUGCAGCAACCUAUUGAUAUUACUUUCCCCGGGCAGGUCCAAGCGUCUACAGGUUCAAGAUGGAGCAAAGUAGGACACCCUCGGGCCUAUACGACUCGAAAGCGCCGCGAGUAUUCAGACGCAUCCCAGUUAGGGGCUUCUUAUGACUUAAAUGGACCGCCCCUAAAGAUCCAAAUUGGGAGCCAAGAAAUACUUCCAAGCGUUGGUACAUUAUCACAGUCAGGAACAAAGAGAUACAACCCCGUGGCACAGCCUGCAACCAGUUUACCACGAAGAAGAUCGGAUAUAGCAUCGAGCCCGGAGCUUAGCCAAACCAAGCAGCCGUACGUAGUACCAAAAGGCAACCAGCCGUUACAAAUACCAAAGGAUGAACGAAAUGGAAAAGCAAGAGAGCAAGGCACCACAUACCUUGCGCCAAUUGAGAAAGCCGUAUCACCCGAGGAGCCAACCCAUAUCGUAUAUUCCUCCUCGAUAAUUCACGAACCAACCCCACUUCGAGCUGAUUGUUUUACAGUACUUCGAUGGACUCCCUCGGGUUCCGAGGAUCAGGACAGCAUGCAGGUGGAGAUUGAACGCCCGGCGAGAUCACUUCCAUCGUCCCAAGAAGCAGAUCAGGAAGUGUGGAAGAAUUGGGUUUCUACCUCCCCGAUAGUUCAGCCUGUUAGCAGCUCGGCCAAGUCUCCAAUCGCAAUAUCAUCCGUCAGCUCAAGAACCAGCGGCUUACCCUCUCAUUUACAGAGAAGACUGCCAAGCUACGACAUAUCAAGCGAGGCAGAAAUAAACACGAAUUACCUCGAUCCCGUGCCUAAUACAGAUGGCCAAGAACCACAAUCUUCAAUUCAUGAAAAUGGUCACCUAUCGCCUCAAAGAAAAUCAGGGGAUCACCAGAGAAAAGCUCAAUCAUCAGACGAUAACGAUAUUUGGAUGAAAUUUGCAUUUAGCUGUGAUAGCGAUGAGUUAGAAGCACAAGUGUUCGCGGAGGCCGUACAUCAAGCUGCUGCAGAAUUACUUCCUUCUGACACGCCUCCGAAUUCUAACGAUACGACUGAAACUCUCGCCACUUACGGGGAUAAUUCAUUCGUUAGCAAUGCGGACCAAGAUGAGAGCAUUCCCUCUGGAUACUCGGAUGGAAGUCAAAUAGCGAUGCAUGGUACUGCGGCCUCGGAAUCGGCACCUAGCAAUAUAGCGACAGCGGGCUCAACAAGUAUAAUCGAAUCGGAACCACGGUUUCGCUUCGUGCAGCCAAGGACUUUCAUAGGGAAGCUCGCUGGUUUAAAUGGUGCCGCGGUAGAAGUGUCACCUUUUCUUUCCCACAGUAAAAAAAGGAGAGGCCGGCCUAAAAAAAGGACUUCGGAUGGAAGGACAGAUAUUCGACGACUUCCGGACUUCGACGGAGACCCAAUUGAAGAAUUUGAUGAUUAA